UUUGGGGAAUCACUGGGCCUGGCACAUCUAGAGAAGGAGGAGAAAGAGGAGCUAGCAGUGGGGAUGGGUCCCAGUCUCCUCCAUGGCUUCUAGGCCGCAGCGCCUGAGUAGCAGUAGGAGGAGAAGGGACCGUUUUCUAGGACGGACCCGGAAGUGGCGCCUCCAUUGGCCCCUCUGCGUCGCCAGAGCCCUUCCUCUUGCUUCCCCUGGAGCUGCUUUGAGGAGGAGGCUCCAGGAAUCUAUACCAACUAUUCACACCCUUUUCCCAGGGUACAGAUCACUAUCCUGUCCCAGACUGUAGAAGAACAUUAACAUACUGUACAAUAAUAAUCUGUGAGGAAAGAAAAUGGAAGAAAGAAAAACCAAGAGGAGGAGUCCCAAGUCAUCUACUUCUCAUGCUACUCAGGUUGUCAACAAUAAGAAAAACUCAGUUCCUCCUAGUAAAAGUACAGCAUUUUCAAAUCCUGCACCUCAGCCACCUUUACAGAAACCAAAGUUUAAAAGAGGAAUAAAAGAAAAAGCUAAAGUACCAGGAGCAGAAAACAAAGGAGCACAAUCCACUUCAAUCCAACAUUCAUUUCUCACUGAUGUAUCAGAUGUUCAAGAGAUGGAGAAAGGACUUUUGAGCCUUCUAAAUGACUUCCAUUCUGGCAAACUUCAAGCAUUUGGAAAUGAAUGUUCCAUAGAGCAAAUGGAACAUGUCAGAGGAAUGCAGGAAAAGUUGGCUCGAUUGAAUCUAGAGCUUUAUGGAGAGCUGGAAGAACUCCCUGAAGAUAAGAGAAAACUAGCUAGUGAUUCCAAUCUGGAUAGACUGUUGUCUGAUCUGGAAGAACUGAAUUCUUCUAUACAAAAACUUCAUUUAGCCGAUGUUCAAGAUGUUCCGAAUACCAGCACAAGCUAAAACGCAGCUUUCUUUUGUUUGUUUUUGGAACGCCAGGGUGUCUUAUUUAAUUUGCAGUGGACUCCUUCUUGCUUUGGCAACAAAACAUUCAAAUACAAGUGAAUAUGUUCACACAUUCCUCUUAGCAGAUGUGAGUGCUGCAACUUUGUCAGGGUUGAAGUUGAAGGUACAAUAUGACUGUGUCUUGCUGCUAUGCUUUGUAUUAUGGCCUUAUCCACCAUAAAAUGUUGGAAAAACCUGAAAGUGCAUUUUUAUAAUAUACUCAGUUUUAAGUCAGAUUGUGGUGUACCUGCUGUUUUCCCACAGUGUAGACAAUCAGCACAAAAGUUGUGGUGAAGCUGUUAAAUAAGUGUGUAAUUUAUUUUAACAAUAAAAUAAUUUCAAACUGC